UACUGUACUAUCUGUAAAUCCUCCGAUUUCUGUUAACGAAUCCCUGUCCUUGCUGAUCGAUUAAUUUACACAUUCUUCACUUUAUACACUGUUUUGAUCAUAUAUAUAUAUACAGCGUUUUGGCUACAUAUUGUGUAUAUAUAUAUAUAUAUAUAUUUAUAUGUAUAUCUAUAAUGGAAAACGGUGGUGGUGUUAAUCAGAAAAUCAGUGCCAACGAUGUUAUAUCGAAGUUAAAGGACGAUGGUGGUUUUGAUAUGCUUCGUUUGAAGAUCAUCCGCAAGCUCAAAGAGAACGAAGAGUUGCGUAAUAGCAUUACUUCAAUGGUGAAACAAUCAGCAGCACUGAAUCGUCCAGGCGCUGAGAGCAUGAAACCUCGGCAGCUUUCUGAUGCCAUCCAUCAAGAAAUUGGGGACAACGUAAUGAGCCAAAUAUCUGAUGGUGUAUGGGAAAUAAUCAGAUCAGCUGAUGGAAUGAAACGUGAAAUUACAGAAUCAGUCCAAUCUGUUUACAGUAAGUUACUAAAUCCAAAAGAGAACGAAGAGGGUGAAUCAUCCUCUCCCAAUGGCGUGGUGGUGCCACUUCAGACGGAAGCUGGUAAUGGUGGCUCUACCACGGUUCCAGUGGGUGAAAUUGAUGGCACAAUGUCCGACAAUGAGCCAAAUGAACCACCAGGUUUCUCUCUUGGUCAUCAAAACAGCAACCAGGAGGAGCAACCUAAAGAGGAGCUGCAGCUGCCUACAUCUCAUGAUGGGAGACCCACUGAAGAUCAGAAAGAAGAGCCCCAUCCCUCACAAGAUGAUGUAGAACCCGACAAUUUGGAUCUUAGUUUGCCACCUGGCUUUUCCGCGAUUGUGGAACCUAAGAAGCCAUGUAAUGGUAGCGACGAGGACCCUGAUUUGCCUCCGGGUUUCGGUUGAUGAGUAAUCAUGCAAUUGGAUCAGUCAUUGCUAUAGUAUAAGCACACUUAAUAGACUCUACAGAAAAGGUUUUGGCAUGAGUACUGUACAAAAUCUUGGCGACUAGCUACUGGUCUCCAUAUUAACCAUUGUUAAGAGGUCAGAAGGAGGAGGAGGAUGAUGAUGAUGAGAUCCUCUAGAUUGUUUUUGUAAUCCAAGAUUCAUGAAUCACAAAAAAUUAGCCAAAAGGCACCAUCAUAGUAUGGUGAUUGCAUAUAAUCUUUUAUUUGCUAAUUCUAGUUAUUUCCAUGUUGUAACAUGUAAAUCCUUUCUCUUGGUUUAUCGUGUUAGAAAUUUAUGGUCUCAAUUUGCAGUU